AUUUUCCUCCAUGUUGUUUUUGGUUGCUAGGAACUGUCACAGUGGAAAUCCUGACCCCUUGAAACAUAGCAGCAGCAGAAAGAUAGCAUGAAACGAGUAUUUUCUGGCAUUCAGCCUACAGGAAUCCCCCACCUGGGCAAUUACCUGGGCGCCAUUGAGAGCUGGGUGAGGUUACAGGAUGAGUAUGGCUCUGUUCUGUACAGCAUCGUUGACCUCCACUCCAUCACUGUCCCCCAAGACCCAGCCCUCCUUCGGCAGAGCACUCUGGACAUGACUGCUGCUCUUCUCGCCUGUGGCAUAAACCCAGAGAAAAGCAUCCUUUUCCAGCAAUCUCAGGUGUCUGAACACACGCAAUUAAGUUGGAUCCUUGCCUGUAUGGUCAGACUACCUCGAUUACAACAUUUACACCAGUGGAAGGCAAAGACUGCUAAGCAGAACCACGAAGGGACCGCAGGCCUGCUCACAUACCCAGUGCUCCAGGCAGCCGACGUUCUGUUGUACAAGUCCACACACGUUCCUGUUGGGGAGGAUCAAGUCCAGCACAUGGAACUAGUUCGGGAUCUAGCACAAAGUUUCAACAAGAAGUAUGGGGAGUUCUUUCCAGUGCCUGAGUCCAUUCUAACAUCAAUGAAGAAGGUGAAAUCCCUCCGUGAUCCUUCUGUCAAAAUGUCGAAAUCAGACCCUGACAAACUGGCCACCGUCCGAAUAACAGAUAGCCCAGAGGUGAUAGUGCAGAAAUUCCGCAAGGCCGUGACGGACUUCACCUCUGAGGUCACCUACGACCCUGCCGGCCGAGGGGGCGUGUCCAACAUGGUUGCAAUCCACGCCGCAGUGACUGGACUGUCGGUGGAGGAAGUGGUCCGGGGCAGCAGGGGCGUCGACACUGCUCGCUACAAACUGGUGGUGGCGGAUGCUGUGAUUGAGAAAUUUGCACCAAUUAAGAGUGAAAUUGAAAGACUUCAGAUGGAUAAGGAACAUUUAGAGAAGGUUUUGCAAGUUGGGUCAGCAAAAGCCAAAGAAUUAGCAUACCCUGUGUGCCAGGAGGUAAAGAAAUUGGUGGGGUUUCUAUAGGAAGUUUUUACUAAUCAGAAAAAGGUUUUUGUACAUGGAUCUUGCAUUCUGUGCAUUUUGAUAAAGGCAGCUUUCCUUACAGCAAAAAAAAUUAUAGUUUGGGGAUAUUUAGUUUGGUAUAGCUGACUAUUGACUUCAUUUGAUGAGUAAUGCUUUGUAGCUCUCAAAUGGAGCAAUGUUCCAAAUCCCAUCAACAAAAUACUGUGACCAAAAAAAGAAUAAAUAAAAAUAAAAUAAAAUUAAAGAAGGUGUAGCUGUCUGAUCCCCAAUUCCUUGGACUGAAUUCAUUUACACAAAUGUAAUUGAGGUGAGCAAUAAUUUGGAAAAUGGGGUAUCAUUUGUGCCUCUCUCAAGACGACUUACUAAAACAGAUAUUCAGUUUAUUUAUCUCCAUCCUUUUAAAAAGCAAUACAUACCGGUGUUAGACAAUUUUGGGGAUGCCGUUUGAUCUGAUUUGUAUUCCAAUCUCAUAAAAAUAAAUUAAUUGGUACAGUUCA